UUUAAAAGUUUAAUUACGACAAAAGUGAUUUAAAUAAGUAGUUUCUAACGAAUAGUCAGUGUAGAAAGCAAAAAUGGCUGAACUACGAUAUUUGAGCGGUUUCGGUUCGGAGUUUUGUUCAGAGGAUCCGAGAUGUCCGGGAUCUAUACCAAAGGACCAAAAUAGUCCGCAGAAAUGUCCGUACGGUUUAUAUGCCGAACAACUUUCCGGUACGGCUUUCACCGCUCCCAGAUCGGAAAAUAAACGAUCUUGGUUAUAUAGAAUAAGACCUUCCGUAUCACACGAACCUUUUCAACCGAUUAAAAAUAGUGACGUCACUCACAAUUGGUCCGAAGAAGAACCCAAUCCGAAUCAAUUGCUUUGGGAACCUUUUGAUUUACCAAAUGUGACUAAAAAAGUUGAUUUUGUUGACGGUUUACAUACUAUAGGAGGAGCUGGUGAUUCUAGAUGUAAAAAUGGUCUCGCUAUUCACAUUUACUCCUGCAAUAUUUCCAUGACUAACAAAGCUUUCUAUAACAGCGACGGCGACUUCCUAAUAGUUCCACAAAGUGGUAAUUUGAAAAUAAAAACGGAAUUCGGGGUAAUUCACGCGAUACCAAACGAAAUUGUUGUUAUUCAACAAGGGAUGCGUUUUCAAAUCGAAACAACAACGCCAUCUAGAGGAUAUAUUUUGGAAGUAUUCGGUAGACAUUUCGAAUUGCCCGAUUUGGGUCCGAUCGGAGCGAACGGAUUGGCGAAUCCGAGAGAUUUUUUGACGCCAGUCGCUUGCUACGAAGAUCUAGACGAAAAUUUCGAUAUCGUGUCAAAAUAUCAGGGAAAAUUAUUCGUUUGUAAACAGGAUCACAGUCCUUUCGACGUCGUGGCUUGGCACGGGAAUUACGUGCCUUGCAAAUACGAUCUUAGCAAGUUUAUGGUCAUCAAUUCGGUUUCUUUCGAUCACUGUGAUCCUUCAAUUUUCACAGUUCUCACUUGUCAGUCUGAUAGAAAAGGUACUGCAAUAGCAGAUUUCGUUAUAUUCCCACCGAGAUGGUCGGUGCAAGAACACACUUUCAGACCGCCGUAUUAUCACAGAAAUUGCAUGUCGGAAUUUAUGGGGCUGAUACUUGGGGAGUAUGAAGCUAAAAGGGGAGGUUUGGCGCCGGGAGGGGCAACGUUGCACAGUGCAAUGACCCCUCACGGUCCCGAUGCGAAUUGUUUCGAAAUGGCUUCUAAUGAAAUUUUGAAACCGACGAGAGUAGCCGAAGGAACACAGGCAUUCAUGUUCGAAAGUUGUAUGGGGAUAGCUUUGACGAAGUGGGGAUCGAAGACGUGCGACAAACUGAAUCCAAAUUAUUACAAAUGUUGGCGAAACCUUCAGAAACAUUUCAAAAAGUGAAAUUUCGGGAAAACAAAAUUAAACACUGAAAUUUUUUGUUGUAAAAGUUAUUUUUGAAAAUAUAUUUUUUUAAGUUUU